GUGUUUAGAAGACCCAGACCACAGGGCACAGACCUAGACUUUGUCUUUCCUUUUUAUAGGGCUCUGUGCUUGCAAGCUGUUAUCAAGAACGUUAUGGUUAUUUUCUAAAUCUAACCUAUAAAAGUGCAAAACUGAACUGCAAAUUUUUGGGUCAGAAUUUUCAGCAAUUAGGCUAGUUUAGAACACCUAAACUUACGAUGGGCAACACAUUGACUGUCGCAAACUUAGCAGCUGCCAACCUCACCCAUGUGCCUCCAGCUCAGCCAGAGGGAACAGCUAAACCUUACGGACACGAAACAUUCGAGGGUGAACCACCUCCAGAAUGUCCAAUGCACAAGCCCAAAGCGAAACCUGUGGUUCAAUCAGAGUGUCCCAUAAACCAUGACAACAGUGACAUUGAUCCCAGAAAUAUGAUGGGACCAGCCAAUCAAAAGCCAGCACCAGACCAGCCGUUCACACUGCCGACCAAUAGAGAGACGUCUACAAUACCUAAAGCUGGCAAAGAAGGAGAAUUUUGGGUCUACCCUUCCGCACAGAUGUUUUGGAAUGCUAUGCUUCGCAAAGGCUGGCGAUGGAAGGAUGACGAUCUCAAGCCUCAUGAUAUGGAGGUUAUCAUCAAAAUACACAAUGCCAACAACGAGGCUGCCUGGCAAGAGGUUUUGAAAUGGGAGGCGCUGCAUGCUUACGAAUGUGGCAAUCCAAAACUGAAGAGUUUUGGUGGAAAAGCCACUGACUACUCUCCGAGAGCUCGAAUCCGGCAGCUCAUGGGGUAUGAGUUACCAUUUGACCGUCAUGACUGGAUCGUGGACAGGUGCGGGAAGGACGUGCGUUAUGUGAUAGACUACUACGACGGAGGCUUGGUCGGGCCGGAUCACAGAUUCGCCAUCUUGGACGUGAGGCCGGCUAUGGACUCCUGGGGGAACGUCUGGGACAGGAUGAGAGUUGCCUGGAUGAGAUGGAGAUACGAGUGGGAAGAGCGGCGAUCACAGAGUCCAAUAGAAAACAAGAGCUAAAGUGUAAAAAUAGUUUGUAGUGUUGUAAGUUGAGUAUUCCUCAGUGUGUAAAUUUGUUGUAAGUAAAUAAACUAUGUUGAGUGAGCUA